AUGAUUAAAAAUCAUAAUCAGGACAUCAUCACUCCUCCUGAGAUAUCUUCGAACAGGGUAGAGCUCAAAAAAAAUAUCACCCUUUUCAAUGGCAUAAACAUCAUAGUCGGUUCCAUCAUCGGUUCGGGCAUAUUCAUCUCUCCCACAGUAGUCUUCAAUAACAGUGGGGGCAGUGUAGGAGUCAGCCUAAUCGUAUGGCUAGUUUGCGGCUUGAUAUCCAUUUUGGGAGCUCUGUGUUACGCGGAACUGGGCACGACCAUUUCUCGGAGUGGCGGGGAAUACGCUUACAUGCUCGAGAUAAUGGGACCCCUGCCAGCUUUCCUAUUCCUAUGGGUAAAUUUACUGGUCACUAGACCCGUAGCCAGCGCCAUCAUUUCCUGGGCUUUCGGGUAUUACAUGGCGCAAUUAUUCUUCUGCACGCCCGAUGAUUUACUUCUGACUCCUGUAGCCAAAUUGAUCGCCGUGUUCGGAUUACUGUUGCUAAGUUUCAUUAACUGUUUGAGCGUCAAAGUAGCCAUGAAAUUACAAGACGUUUUCACGGUCGGAAAAUUGCUAGCAUUAGCUUUCAUCAUAUUGACUGGAUUAUGGAAGUUGAUCGAAACCAAGGGGAAACCAUUUCAAAAUAUGUUUGAAGGCGGCAAUUACAAUUAUAGACGGUUGCCUACGGCAUUGUUCUCGGGACUAUUCGCGUAUGGCGGUUGGAAUAAUCUAAAUUACGUGAUUGAAGAAUUGAAAAAUCCUAAUAGAGAUUUACCCCUAUCCAUUAUCAUUGGACUUCCUUUAGUAACAAUAAUUUACACCUUAACAAAUGUCGCCUAUUUUGCCGUAUUAACACCUAUGCAAAUGCAAGCUUCCGUGGCUGUAGCCUUUGAUUACGUGCACGCCAUAUUCCCAAACAUUUCGUGGUUAUUGCCAAUUUUUGUUUCUUUAUCGGCAUUGGGAAGCGUUAACGCAAUUUUAUUUACCUCGGGCAGGAUAGUUUAUUCCGGGGCAAGGAAUAAUCAACUUCCGAAAAUAUUCGCGAUGAUCCAUAUAAAACGUUGCACUCCCGUUCCAUCUAUUAUAUUAUUAGCUAUUAUAUCAUUACUGUUUUUGACCGCUCGCGAUAUAACAACUUUGAUUGGUUACUUCAAUUUUAUGCUCUUUUUAUUCGUCGGAAUAUGUAUCGGGUGCAUAAUAUAUUUACGAAUCAAACACCCGGAAAUGCCUCGACCAAUUAAACUCAAUAUAGGUCUACACAUAACGUUUUUGGUAAUCUGCCUCUUUUUCGUGAUAGUUCCCAUUAUAAAUAAUCCGAUCGAAAUGGUUAUAGGGACCUCAAUAGUAUUAUCAGGUAUACCGGUAUUUUAUGUCGCGUUUCGAACGAAGAUAAAAAAUAACAAAUGCGUAUCCAUCGGAAGGAAAGUGGAGAUGUUCUUACAAAAAAUUUUGAUGGUCGUACCUUCGGAUAAAGAUUUAUAG